CCGAUUGAUUUUAAUUGGUCGAAGUGAAAAUCUCUCCGGCGCAAUCAAGCUGCUUGUGUCUGUUUGAACUAUGGAUUACUCUAUGGAGCAACUUUUAUCUCCUCUCGUGUUCAAUGGUUCUAUUGUAGAAGCCAUCACUGAAGCCAAGCAGCAGAAGAAGCUUUUUGUAGUUUUUGUUUCAGGUGGCAAUAUGGAAUCAAACCAAUCGGAAACAUCAACUUGGCUCGACCCAAGAGUUGCUGAUUCUAUAUCAAAGUACUGCAUUUUGUUGCACAUCCUAGAAGGAAGUACUGAUGCCAGAAACUUCUCAGCAUUGUAUCCACAGAAGGCUGUCCCUUGUAUUACAGUUAUUGGAUACAAUGGUGUUCAACUAUGGCAACAUGAUGAUCAGCUUAAUCUAAUGUUUGGGGGUUUUGUUUCUGCUGAUAAUCUUGCAUCUAGUCUUGAGAAGGCGUGGUUAAGUCUUCAUGUUCAGGAUACAACAGCUACUUUCUUGACUGCUGCACUUGCUUCAAAGAAAGAGCUUGUAUCUGGAGCUUCUUCUGUAACAUCUGAAGUAGGGAGUUCUUCAAGUGCUCAAGUUUCACCAGCUCAGGCAAUGACACAUAUACAAUCUCCAUUGGCUACACUGUCUAAAAACUCUCAGAUAGUAGAGGGAGAGGAUCGUGGACAUGCUGCUACGGAAAUAGAUUCCUCGUUGAUUGACAUGGCUUCUCAUGGAUCAGCAAAUGCCUUUGAAUCUAGAAUUGGUGACUUCAAUGAGUCUACCACUGUGAUCACAACAGCAGAAAAGCCACUUCAUCUUGUAGAAGUAGAUUCAACCAAGGGUAAAGAUGAAUGUUCAAUUUCAAAAGAGAAUCCUGGUUUGCGUGAUCAACAGUUGGACCCUAAUGAUGAAGCUCCUAGAGAGAUUGCAAAUAAAGCAGGGAAAGGUCACGAGAUAAAUAUAGUUGAAGAUGCAGCUGCUGAGAAGGCUGAUUUUUCAGAUGAUUCGUCAAAUACAUUUCACGAUGUUUAUUUAAACAUUAGAUUACCUGACGGUUCAAGUUUACAAGUGAAGUUUCUCGUUAUGGAUACUUUAAGGAUGGUCAAGCACUAUGUUGAUAAAAACCAAACGAGCAGCAUUGGUUAUUUCGAUCUAGCAGUUCCUUAUCCUCGCAAGGUUUUUGGUGAUAAAGAUCUAGAUAGAACAUUGUCAGAUUUGGGUUUACACAAUAGGCAAGCACUGAUAAUCGUUCUUCGUAAUGAAGUGGAUGUUACAUCAUUGCAUGGUCAAAACAAUCCGGCUGAGAGUAACCAUACAGCAAUUGGAGGCGAUGCAGGAUAUUUUGCUACGAUCAGAAAACUCUUUUCGUAUGUAAAUCCUUUAUCUUACCUUGGUGGAAGUUCUAACACAUCAAACACUGCUGAGGAUUCUCGAGAUAGCAUAUGGCAAUAUGGUCCAAACUCCACGCCUCAAAAUAAUCAGACCUUGGUAAGUAAGCAAUUCCAAACCCCCGUAACUUCCACAACUAAUAACAGAGGUAGAAAGCCAGCGUCAUCUAGCUUUGGGAGCAACAUCCACACUCUGAAACAUGAUGAAGAUGAAAAUCAGUUUGGUGAUAGAAACACAUUCUGGAAUGGUAAUUCUACUCAGUUUGGUGGAGAUGACAAUAGUAAAUAAGAUUCCAGUGCACUUUCUUGUAUAUUGAUGUGUCUAUACAGUUGGAUAUAUUCUUCCUGUUAAUCAUUGUAAUAAGUUUUGGAUUGAAGCCUGUUCCUUUUAUCUUUACAAUGAUUGGCUUAGCAUAAACUGGAGUCAAGUUUAGUAUCUCUAAACUUGGAGACGCAUUUUAUGGUUAGUGAAACUGUUGUAGAUGGUGUUUUGAGAACAAAUAA